UAAAGAAGCGUUAUAUUUAGCACAUCUGGCAUAGUAGCAGUAAACAAACAUUAUAGUCUUUGUAACACUUUUGUGCAGGUGCCUUCUCUCGAUUUUAUUAGGUCUAUGCCUUCCAAGCCUCUGCGUUCAUUACACCUGAAAUGACCCAUCUCGACUAGGGAGGGGUCCCUAGAUAGAAGUUAUGAAUUAAUGUUUCAAAAAACAAACUCCAAUUGAACCCAAUACAGGGGAAAAUUACUAUUUGUAAAAUAAUGUGAUUCCGGGGCUUAAAUUACAUUCUCUUGACCAAGAACAACCUCUUUUAUUACUUUUUAUUUCCUGGAGGUUUUCCCUUGAGGCUCCCCAUCCAGAAAGAGUUGCCAACUCAAGUUGCAGCAGGACCAAGGUUGCGUUUUUAUACAUAUGCAGCUCCGGAGGGGAACGGGCGGGGGCGGGCGGCGAGGGGAGAAUAACUAACUGCUCGGUCCUGCAAAGACAUCUGUUUCUCAUCUCCGUUUGCUGUGGCAAAGGAGAAGCAAGUCUCUUGCAAAGGGUGGGAAAGGCACGGAUUUUUUUUUUUUUUUAAUCAUACGCACACACAACAACAACAAAACUAAACCAAAUAAAAAAAGAGAAGACAUCUCAGAAGGUUGCAGAGUGAAUACAUUAUUUGGCUGGAACCGGGCUCCCAGGGCUAGGGCGGGAGCCCGGGAGCGCGUGGGGUCUGGGCUGCGGGCUGGAGCUGGGCCCGCGUGUCCCCGGGCACCGGGAGGGGAGGGGAGGAGAGCGAAGAGGGAGGGCGGGAAGGAGGCAGGGGGCGGGCUGGGGUGGGGGUGAGGGGAAGGCGCCCCGUGUGCUGCCUGAGGAGUGGCGGCGGCGGCGGGAGCAGAGGGAGGGAGGGAGAGCGGGCGCGCUUGUCAUGUUCCCUCUCUCACCCUGGGGGCAUCCUGCAGAACCUCUCCUCGGAAAUCCACGGGGAAAUGGCAAACAGGAUUGACGGGUUUCACACGCUCCUCGCUAGACAGAGCCGCUAAUUACCAUAACCGUCUGCAGCGACGGCGGCGCAGCGCCCCAGUCGCGGCGGCGGGACCUGCCGGGACCCUCGCCCGCCGCGCACCAGCGGUCACCGCCGACCGGGCCGCCGGGCCGGGACCGGCGCGAGUGGGCACCGGCGGCCGGGGUGGCGCCGAGCCCAGAGCGGACAAGCUGCAGCGCGAGCGCUGCGGCCGCCGCCUCCCGGCUGACCCCGCGAUCUGAGGCUGUCAGAGAUGACUCUGGUUCUGUCCAUGAAUAGAUUCUGCGAGCCCAUUGUCUCGGAAGGAGCUGCUGAAAUUGCUGGGUACCAGACACUAUGGGAGGCUGACAGCUACGGAGGCCCGAGUUCCCCGGGGCCAGCGCAGGCUCCUCUGCAGGGAGACCGGGGAGCCAGUCCCCCGCUGGCAGGAUCACAUUACAGGGGAAUUUCAAAUCCUAUAACAACAUCCAAGAUCACAUACUUUAAGAGGAAGUAUGUGGAAGAAGAGGAUUUUCACCCACCACUCAGCAGCUGUAGCCAUAAAACCAUCUCAAUUUUUGAGGAACGAGCCCACAUCCUUUACAUGUCCUUAGAAAAGCUAAAGUUUAUCGAUGAUCCUGAAGUGUACCUCCGAAGAUCUGUCCUUAUAAACAAUUUGAUGAAAAGGAUCCAUGGGGAAAUUAUCAUGCAGAAUAACUGGUGCUUUCCUGCCUGCUCUUUCAAUGGCACCUCUGCCCAAGAGUGGUUUAUGGCUCAAGACUGCCCUUAUCGAAAACGACCGCGGAUGGCCAAAGAGGAGUGUGAAAAGUUUCAUGCCUGCUGCUUUUACCAAGAAUGUGGUGGUCACUACCUGAAUUUACCCCUUUCUGUCAAUGCUAAUGUCGGAAGUGCCUCCACCACUGCCUCCUCUUCCUCCUCCUCCGCUUCCUCCUCAUCUUCCUCUUCCUCUCCCCCUCUGCCUUUACCGAGUUGUUCCCAUCAGGUGGAUUUUGAUGUAGGCAGCGCACCUAUUUACAAGGGUGAUGGCCAGAUACCUGCCAAUGAAAUCUUUGUUACCAAUGUCAGGUCACUUGGUGUUCAGGAAAAGGCCAAAUUAAAUGAUGAGAAAGCAAAUAAUGACACCAACAGGGAUGGCGGCCCCCUUAGCCAUGAACCUGUGGGAAAUGACCUGGCUUUUGAGUGCAAAGGCCAAUUUUAUGAUUAUUUUGAGACUGGAUAUAAUGAAAAAAACAAUGUGAGUGAGUCUUGGAAAAAGUCCUUAAGGAAAAAGGAGCCUUCACCAAGUAACAAACUGUGCUGCAGCAAAGGGAGUAAAGUAUGAGCCAUCUUUUCACCGAAACUUUGAAGCAUGCACAGCAUGAUCAAUUAGCUCUCAUAAAUUUUAUUUUGAAUGGAUUUUAUAGUUUUGUACAACUGAUAAAAUUAUGCCGUGAACAUGCCGUGUCGUUUUAAUGCCUGGAGAGCAGAUUGCAUAAAACAUCUGUAUAGUCGGCAUCAGUGAGCUACUGAUCAGUGUGGUGAUUUUACCAAGAAAAAAAUUGACUUAAUGCUUAAAACUACACCUUAGUUUUCUUACAGAAAAGAGCAGUAGAUUAGAUGGGGGGACAAUGGCCCCUUGUGAUAUUUCCAUUACCCCCAAGGAGUCUGUCACUAGCUAAGAAACUUCAACAUGUUUGCCAAUUAAUUAGGUAGUUAUUUGGUAAGCAAAUCAAUAUAACCAGCCAAGGAUGUCUGCUUUUUCUAGAUGAUACAGUAUUUUUUCUGAACAAAAGACUGAAGACAGGGAGCUAGAUGAAAUGGCUUCAUGGUGCUGUUAAGUAUUUGUAUUUAACAGUCUUGUGUGACAGAUGAAAAUAGGAUAUAACGCAAUGAAACACACCUGUCUAGGGGCAGCAAUCAACAAUAUGCGUGGAGGGUGAUCCCUGCAAAUUCUUGGCUUGCCCGUGAUGAGUGGUGAGGCUUUUAGAGAGGUGUUAUACAGGGCGAUUUUUGGUGCCUUACUUUAUCUUAAUUUUUGCCAGUGUGAAAAUUAAGGAUAAAUCAGAGUUACAGCAGGGAUUUAACAAACAGGAAAAAAAAAAAACACAGGGUGGAUCAAUAUUGUUUGGAAACUGUUAACUUUGAACUGUUAUGUUCAACUUUUAAUUCGACAUCUCUAUUCUUCCUUUAUUUUUGAUGCCCAAUUGCUUUUGGAUUUGGCAUUUUUAGAAAGGGAUGGAGGAAACAAUAGAGAGAGCUGUUAGAAACCAGCGCUAGCUGCUUGAUCUUUUCUAUGGCAACGGUCUGUUGCUGGGGUCUGGGUUUUUUGGGUUUUGGGUUGUUUUGUUUUGUUUUCUUGUCCAAUGAAGUUCAUGAACCAGUGGCAUGCUUUAUAUUUUAAUCUGUUUUGCAUCAUUUCACUCGUUUAGAUUAUAAAAGCAUGUGGUUUUUUAUAUAUGACUUUUGCUGUUGAUUAAGAAGCACAAUGUUAAUAAAUGAUGUGGUGAUCAAUAAGGUUUUAUCUUAAAGAAUGUAAAGAUUUGAGUUUUCGGAGAGUUAUUUUGGAGAAAUGGGACUCAGUGGGCAAUCGCUAAUAUGUAUUUGGUCAACGUUUUUCUCAAUAAUUUCUUUAAUUUGCACAUUGGCAAGAGUGUUCAGAGGGCCACUCUGACCAUCCUUCCUUCUGCUCCAGCCAACUCCUCCUUCUAAACUGUAUUCCAAUUUCCAAGGUUACUAAUUGAGUUGGGCCUCCUUAAACAAUGCUUCACAGGAACCAAAUGCCAAAAGGAGGAAAUAAGUAAGUCCUCCCAGUUUCUCCAAGAUAAAGCUUUUUUUAUUAUUGCUAUUAAUAUUACAUAUAGGUCUCAUUCAUACAGUGUAUGAGUAGGAUCAUCAUUUGGACAAUGUCCACAAGGACGAAUUUUUAAAACAUGUUCUUGUGUUAUGGCUAAAUAGUCUAGUAAUGUUUUGUCCUUUAUUUUCAAUAUUUGAUAAAUAUUUGAUGUUGAAAACUUAGAGAAUAGAUGCUUGUAUAUUAAUGUGUUGUUGUAAUAAAGUGAGGUUUUCUUGAUAUAUAUUUAUUAAAAUGAUCAAAAUUCA